UUUUGCUCGAAUCCUGUAUCAAUAGCAAGACGAGUAAUCUUGUCCUUUGGUUCUCCAUCCGAUUCUUCCUCAGACUCAAGAUUAACAUAUUUGAAAUCGGGCUUUGAGCCACCAAAAGUUGCCGGAUUAAUAUGGAUUUCCAACUUUGACGCAAGUUGGACGGCCAAUUCUGGACACUUCUCCCGUUGA